AUGCUCUCGAAGCUGGUCGUUCUCGCCGCCGUCGGUCUCGCCCGCGCAUUGCCGAUCACGCUGGACAAAGAGGAGAAGGCAGUCGCGCCCGCUUGCGCGAGCCCUCUCGAAGCGGGCACUUGCGCGUUCGAUGGCCGGGAGGACGACUGCUGCCCUGGCUUCUACCCUCAGGGUGGACCGCUCGGCGGCUGCGAGUGUGUGAAGGAGCCCGUCGCAGACAACCUCGGAGACACCAACGCGGUCGCGAAGGCAGUCGCGCCCGCUUGCGCGAGCCCUCUCGAAGCGGGCACUUGCGCGUUCGAUGGCCGGGAGGACGACUGCUGCCCUGGCUUCUACCCUCAGGGUGGACCGCUCGGCGGCUGCGAGUGUGUGAAGGAGCCCGUCGCAGACAACCUCGGAGACACCAACGCGGUCGCGUCCGAGGCACUGCCGCCAGGCCCGUACGACUUGAAGGAGUGCCACCCGACGCAGCCGGUCGACCCGGCUAACUUUGGGCCGCCACUCGACCACAACGACCCCGACUGGGACACCGCAGCGCUUCUGCUCAGCAACGCUGUCAAGCCGCCCUUGGCCGGUGGUAUCUGCAGCUCAGCAGCUUCUCCGGCCAAGGUCUACCGCCUCCAGAAGGGGAUCACCAUGCUGCGAUCGUACGACAGCUUCUCCGCGGCCUUCACAAGACUCCACCACUGGUGGGUCCUCGACACCCACGAAUCGCAGGGGCACCUCAUUGGCCGCGAGCGCGACUACCGAGUGGAGACAGCAAUCUGCCCGUCGGGGAACUACUCAAGCCCGAUUGAUCGCCUGGUGGUGUGCACGGUGGAGGCCGGCACCCUGAUUGCAGUGGGGACCGGUCAAAGCCUCGACUGCAAGAAUGGAGAGGUUGGAAAGGGUCGCGUUGUGAUGCCCAAGACGACCGCAAACCAAUACUACAUCGACUACGCUCCUGGGAAUGGAGUCGGCACUGGCACGCCGACGAACCCGGGUCCAGACGAGAACGGCAAGAGGGUCUUCUCAGGGUGUCGCGACUACGCCAGUGCUUUCCAGUGGCAGCCCAUUCUGUUCACCGGGAACGUGCCCCUCCCUGGCGGCCUUUGA